GGCGGCGCAGCCCGAGUGAGUCUGUCUGAGAAGAGCUUAAGCGCCGCUGGUGGGGCCGUGAGGAGACGCGAGGCCCGGGCAGGUGGAUACAAGCAUACAGAUGGCAGAUAACAGUAAAGCAGAAGAUGCUGCCUCAGAUUCUGUGGAAGCUGCUAAACAUGCAAGUGAUAAAAAAGAAAAGCUAGCAGAUCAAGUGAUGCAAAAUCCACAAGUCUUGGCAGCUCUGCAGGAGCGACUUGAUAGUUCGUCUCACACUCCUUCAAGCUAUAUUGAAACGUUACCAAAAGCAGUAAAAAGAAGAAUUGAUGCCUUGAAACAACUCCAGGUGAAGUGUGCCCAUAUAGAAGCUAAAUUUUAUGAAGAAGUUCAUGAUUUAGAGAGAAAAUAUGCAGCCCUCUAUCAACCUCUCUUCGAUAAGAGAAGGGACUUUGUCAUUGGUGAAGCUGAACCUACAGAUGCAGAGUCAGAGUGGCACAGUGAAAAUGAGGAGGAAGAAAAACUAGCUGGAGACCUCAAAAACAAAGUAGUAAUAGAAGAGAAAGAAGCAGCAGCAGCUGCAACAGAAGAGUCAAAUCCCAAAGGAAUUCCAGACUUCUGGUUUACAAUCUUUAGAAAUGUAGAUAUGCUAAGUGAAUUAGUACAGGAAUAUGAUGAACCAAUCUUAAAACACCUGCAGGAUAUUAAAGUGAAAUUUUCUGAACCUGGACAGCCUAUGUCUUUCUCAUUAGAGUUCCACUUCGAGCCCAAUGACUACUUUACUAAUUCAGUCCUGACAAAAACCUACAAGAUGAAGUCAGAGCCAGACAAGACUGAUCCCUUUUCAUUUGAAGGCCCUGAAAUAGUUGAUUGUGAGGGGUGUACUAUUGAAUGGAAGAAAGGAAAAAAUGUUACAGUUAAAACAAUCAAGAAGAAGCAGAAACACAAGGGUCGAGGCACAGUUCGAACGAUUACCAAACAAGUACCCAAUGACUCUUUUUUUAACUUCUUCAGCCCCAUAAAAGGUAAGCUUGUUUGAGCAGCAAAAAAUAUCUGGAUUUUUGCAUAGUUACCCAAACUCUGUUUCUAUAAAAGUAGUUUCUUCACCUUGGCUAUAUUUAGGCUGUUAUC